GAGAACCAACUGAGACACUGCAGAAAAGACUUCAGCCAGGCCCAGCACCACGGUGAGCAAUCAGAAAGGGACUCCCAAUAUUUAAGGAAAUAUUUCUCCAAGGGUGACCCAUGGACCACCUGGAUCAGAAUCCCAUGGCGGGACUUGUUUAAAAUGCACGUUCCUGGACUUCUUGCCCAGAAAAUGGGAUUCUUCAGGUCUGGGAUGGCGGCUAGGAGUAUGCAUUUUAAACCAGUCUCUGCCUCCCAAUUCUACUGGGAGUUAGUCUGAGAAGCACUAUGCUUUUCCCACCUCUACAGUCCAGGUCCUGGAAAGAGACUAAGUUUCCGGUAGGCUGGGAAGAGCAGAAAACAGGUGCAGGGAUGGUGCAAGGGAUGCCUCUGAGCGCCCUUCGGGGGCCCCCCUCCAGGGAUGAGCAGAACCCGGGCUACCCCACCCCGUACCCUUCAGUGGGUCUUGGUGGUGCCUCUAGCUGCCCCCGACGUGAGGACCGACGCCCUCCGGGCCAGGCGACACGGGGAGGGGCGACAGGGCCUCUGGGGAGCAGAAAGGAAAGUGAAACCUCCUGCCCAGCCUUUCGCUUUCGCCGCCUCCACUCGCCGUCCAGGUGGCCCCCGCGAUCCCCUGUCGCGCUGGGUCUGGCCGCCGCGCUCCCCAGACCUGGUCCCCGGAGCACUGUGUCCCCGAUGGCCGGCGACCAAUGGCGGAGGGACGAAGGGAGGGUCCCCGACAGCAGGCGACUCAUGGCGGGGGCCGGGGGUCCCCUGCGUCUCCGGGACUGGCUGGUGGCGCAGAUCGAGAGCGGGCGCUACGCUGGGCUGCGCUGGGAAGACGCGGGCAAGACCCUCUUCCGCAUCCCCUGGAAGCACGCAGCCAAGCAGGGCUACCAGGCGCAGCAGGACGCAGCGCUCUUCAGGGGUACCAGGCUCAGGAUCCUGCUCACCCCUGGGGCCCCUUGCCUUCUGAGGACUUCAGCAACCCCGAUUUUUGGCUGCACGUGCGACUCUUCUAUGGCGCGGAGCUGGUGCGCGAAGCCACAGCGCGCGCGGCCGAGGGCUGCAGCCUGAGUCCGCGCGCAGCCGCCGCUGCCGCCGAGCUCCUGCUGGGGUCGCCGCCGCGCGUCGCGCAGGUUCGUUUCCCGGAGCCGCCGCCCGGCGCCCGCGUCCUGCGGCGCCUGCUGCCCCACCUGGAGCGCGGAGUGCUGCUCUGGGUGGCGCCCGAGGGCGUCUUCGCCAAGCGCCUGUGCCAGGGCCGUGUGUACUGGCGCGGCCCGCUCGCCCCGCACCGCGCGCGGCCCAACAAACUGGAGCGAGAGCGCACCUGCCAGCUCCUCGACACGCGCAGCUUCCUCGCGGAACUGAGAGCCCACCUGCAUCAUGGUCGCCAGGAGCCCGAGUACCAGAUCCGGCUGUGCUUUGGCGAGGAGUACCCGGGGCCCCCGGACCAGCCUGAGGAGCGUCUCAUUAUGGCCCAUGUGGAGCCAGUCUUCGCGCGGGAGCUCCUCCUACACUCGAAGCUCCACGGCCAGGUGCCUCGGUGGCGCGUUCCCAGCCUCGCAUCCCCGACAGCGUCACUCACCUGCUGACACAGCUGAGUCAGCCCUGAGCGGUUGUUUCCCCCUCCCGUACCCUCUACAGCAGUCCCCACAGGGUGCAGAUCCCACCCCAGCCCUGCCCUAGCUGAGCCAGGGGACUUUAAGUCUCGCCUCACUCAUCGCCCAGGUAGGUUGAGACAGCGGAAGCCAGUCACGGCCUUCAACCUCUCAGCCAAUGAGAUGGAGCCCCGGGAACCCAGGAAGGAGGCGCGUAAGCGGACAGCCGGGCAGCUGGGCCUGGGGCGUCAGGCUUGGGAGCUAAACUCGACCUUGAGGUUCCAGAAAUAGCAAUUAGGUCAGAAACAAGACUUCAUCUUUUUGUGAAGAGCCGGACAAGCCCAUAGCGGUUUACCUAAAGCAGACCUUACCUGCAAUUGAUCCAUUAUAAGGUUUGCUUAAAGCUGAGUUUACUGGGAGUUCCCUGGUGGUUAGGACUCUGUGCUUCCACUGCUGGGGGCCCAGGUUCGAGGGAUCCCUCGUGGGGGAACUAAGAUCCCACAAGCCGCCAGGUGCAGCCAAAAAGAAAAGGGGCUGAGUUUACCAAUAAGAUCCUCCGCAUAGAUUAGACUGAAGCCCAACCAGUAACAGAAUUGCCCCACCUCUGAGGGGCUAUGAGUUUCCAGACCCUCCUUUCACCUGCCACAAGUCUCUCUUCUUUUGGGGUGGGUGGGGAUUGUGAGGGGAGGGGGUCCCAAAACAGAGGACUUAGCCUGAACCUGGGGCUUUAAAUGCUAACCACUGAACCACCGCCAGUAGAUACUGUCUUUGGAGAAACUGAGGCAGGCCUAGGACAGAAGCCAAAGUGGGAGCCAGGAGUCCAGCCCCUGCCCAAGCCCCCCCAAUCUUUGCAAACUGUAAGUUGUAGGGAGUCCUUGAGAAUUGGGAGGGAGCCCUCUCCACCAUGAAAGCAGUGACCCUGCCUUGUCAGUAAAGUCACUGUUUUCUACCCCAGAUAUCAGACCUUUUACCUUUUCUGAUUUCUGACUUUAUUUAUAGGAAUUCUCUUACAGAUGGCAACAUAAUAAAUCUUUUAGUGGUACACUAAUAAGCCACUUUUAUGGGGGGAAACCUGUAUGAUUCAAUAAAGGGCAGAAUCAGUCUUAAAAUUCA